AUGGCGAUAUCAAAUGAUGUGAUCUUCAGAACAAUCAACGCGUCGGAAAUUGAUCGAGCAUUUCAAAUAGAAUCUCAUGGCUACCCACCGGAUGAAGCAGCAACCCUAGACAUAUUAAAAUACCGCUAUAAUCAUGCUCCUUCCCUUUUCCUUGGAGCUUACCUCUCCGCUUCUGACUACCUAAUUGGUUUUGUUGUUGGCACACUCACAAGCUCUCCAAGUCUUACUCACGAAUCCAUGUCCCAACAUGAAGCAAAUGGUAAAACUGUAUGUGUGCAUUCUGUUUGCGUCGACAAGUUGUUUAGACGACGAGGAGUUGCUACACGCUUGGUGACAGAAUAUGUGAGACGAAUGAAGGAGGGAAGGUAUGAACGGAUUGCGUUAAUUAGUCAUGAUUAUUUGAUCCCGUUCUACGAGAAUCUUGGGUUUAAGUUAAUUGGAGAAAGCAAAAUUCAGCACGGUGAGUGA